AUGUUUCUAACCUGUGAGCUUAAGAUUCGACUUAAUAAGGGCACAUUAUUCGAAUGGCAAAUCUUAUUCGCUUUGAUCGCUUUGGUAAAUACAGUUGCUGGUAUAGUCUUUGUCAUCUUCGGGUCAGGAGAAGUGCAGAAAUGGGGACAGGAUGAUGUACUAUGUGAAAAGACUGCUGUGGAUAAGCAUGAGGAUAUCGCACUUGUGGUGCGCGCUGAGUCUUACGUUCUGGAGUGA